GUAUCAUAAAGCUCGCUUGCAUUGCUUGUUGUUUUUCGUACAUGGUCGUUGUUCAUUGUCAUUAUUGUCGUUGUUGUCGCCCGUUCACUGCCACCGUCACCGCCCUCUUGGUUCAAUAAUAAUUACUACCCUGGCUUUAAAUCCAAGGAGAUACCAGUACUUGAAAGUAACCCUGUGUACUUUUUCAACGUGACUUGACCUGAUUUCGCGUCAUAAGCGUGCGCGUCCCGUGGCAAGCCAUAUAUUCUCUUUGAUCUUUUUUUAUUUUCCCCUACCAAGUACUACCUAACCUAUCUAUCUUGAUUCUUAUUACUCAGCGGCUCCAAAAGUCACCAAGUCAUCAAACUCCUCGCGAUGACGGCCACCGCCGGCGCUCCGGCGUACCAAUUGAGCAACAACACUCCCAACCCCGACAACACCACCGACAGUAACAAUAACAGUAACAAUAACAACCACGACACACCUCCCUACUCCAAACACGAACACAGCCCACCAUCAUAUCGCGACUCUGUCCCACAAGCACUAACAUUCAGCCGCGACUUUGGCCAUGAUCUCCCGCUCAACGUCGUCAUGACGGGCGACUACCGGUCGCCGGACUUCGAAGUCCGCACCAAGGAAGGAGAGACCAUCAUCUUACAAGUCGAAACCGAAUCAACUCUCGUCUACCACCACUCGUACAUCCGCGACCUGCGGCCCAACGGGCCCGGCGGAAUCGGAUACACCAUGAAACGCAAACAAAACGGCGACCAAUGGCUUUACACGAUCCAUUCAUCCAGCAUCGGCGGCGGCGGCAGCGGUGGCGAAGGCGGCGUGAAACUGUUAGAAAUCGCCACCACGUCGAAAAUCCUCCGUCAAUCUUCCACGCGUCUGGUCUUUCGCAGUACCUUGGAUGGAGAGCUUGAUGCCCUUUAUCUCAAUACCUCGAUUCAGAAUGGGAUUCGUCGUGCCGAUGUCGUGUAUCAAGGGAACAGGAUUGGCGGGAUUGCCCAGUUGCGGUCAGAUGAUAAUCCGAGGUUUGAUCUCAAAAUCGAGAUUCCUCAUGUUGAUCCGUUGCUUUUGGUCUUGUUGGCUUUGGUCCUGGAUGAUCGGCUCAUGAAGUCGAGGAGGAGAUUGAAGAGGAAGUUGGGCUCCGGAUUUGCCGGUAUUGGUAAGGGACCAGGUGCUGGCUUGGCCGGUGCUUAUGCAAUUGGAGGCAUGGGGUGAGGGAAGAGGAUCAUCCUGAUUCGGUUCCCUUUUUUUUAUGCAUGCAUACCUAUCGCAUAUUGCAUAUCAUGGCCCAUAUCAUAUCGCGGCCGUACCAUGUUUUGGCGAUGGAUGUUCGGACCAAAAGCUCCACGUCCACCUCCGUCUCCCGAAACGGUUCCACUGAUUUCCACCGCAUGAGGUGGCUGUGGAUGGGUGAUUGGCUGGAGAAUUAUACUGGUCUUUCUUGGGUGGAUAUUGGAUGGGUGUCUGGGUCGAAGUUGACCCUCACCACAAUACUGGAUUUGACUGGAUUUCGAUAACGAAGAAGUCACUGGACGGGGGGAGGGGAUUGAGGCCAGUGACAGGACCUCGUUUAUACAUUUCAGUCCAAAACCACAUCCUGAUCGAUUUCGCCCUUGGGAACAGGUCUACUUGAUGCUCUAACAGCACACAGCACACAGCACAGCACACGGUUACCAGGGCUUUUUCUCACUUCACUAGUUCUGGGAGGUUAAAGUCAUCAGCGGCCAGGCACUAGUUCUUUGGAGACAGACUCUUCACCAGACAGCCGGCACGACCAGACAGACAGGUCCCCAUUACCACAGACAUACACCCGAUCGACGACUAUAGAUUCGUCUUCUGGGCUUCUCAGACACUUUGGUAUAACAGUAUGAGACUGGUAGAUAUUAAGAUAUAUACACCACG